AUGUCUAUGUCUAGAGAAUAUUAUAAUGUUAUAUCACAACCAUCUACUGAUGUAUUAGUACAUCUAGAUACAACUCGUAGAAAGGCCCUAGCAAGUCUUGACGACUCAUCUAUUAUGUGUGAUUCUUUCAGUAAAGAUGUUGUUCCUACAAAUUUGGAUACAGGUAUAAAAACUUCUGCUGCUAUAGGAAACGUAAUUGGUCAACUAUUGUUUGGAUGGAUGGCUGAUAGAUAUGGUCGUAAAAAAGUAUAUGGAAUAGAGCUUUCGAUUAUGAUUGCUGCCACUGCGGGAACAGCUCUCGCUGCAAAUUCCUUUUCUAUGAGCAUGUUUGCUGGAAUUAUAUUUUGGCGUAUUGUUUUGGGUAUAGGAGUUGGGGGAGAUUAUCCACUCUCUGCUGUCAUUACUAGUGAAUUUGCAACAAAGAAUAAACGUGGAACAAUGAUGGCAUUGGUAUUUGCAAUGCAAGGUUUCGGUAUUUUAACAGCCGGUCUAGUUACAAUAAUUACAUUAAAAGCCUUCGAAUCUUCUAUUAAGAAAGAUGUUCGUUAUCUUGACUAUGUUUGGAGGAUCGUCGUUGGAAUGGCCAUGAUUCCAGCAACUGCAGUAUUGUAUUUCCGACUAACAAUCCCAGAAUCACCCCGUUACACGAUGGAUGUGUUCGGAAAUGUUGAAAAAGGUUCCCAAGACACUGAACUUCUUCUUUCCGGUAGUAAGAAUUUAGAUAAUGAUAAAUUCGAAGCGUUUUAUUUGGUUGGAACGCCACGAGCUUCGUGGAAGGAUUUUAAAAAAUACUUUGGAAAAUGGAAAAAUGGAAAAAUUCUUCUUGGUACCUGUGCAUCGUGGUUUGCCAUAGACGUGGCGUUCUAUGGUCUUAGUUUUAACCAAGGAAUAAUCAUACAAAAUACAACUUCAAGCUUAUUGCAAUUCUCGGAUACUUAUGAUACUUUAUUUAGUAUCGCCUUAGGUAAUAUAGUUGUGACACUAUUAGGAUCUGUACCAGGAUAUUGGUGUACUGCCCUUUUUGUUGAUAGAUUGGGAAGAAGAUUUAUUCAGCUAAUGGGAUUUGCGGUCUUAACAGUUCUUUAUUUGGUGACGGGUUUCUCAUUUAAUAUUCUUAACACCUCUUAUCAGUUGAUAUUUGCAAUACUCUUUAUAGUAUCAAUGUUCUUCACAAAUUUUGGUCCAAAUUCGACCACUUUUAUUAUACCAGGCGAAGUAUUCCCAACUCGUUAUCGCUGUUUAGGCCACGGUAUAGCUGCUGCAUGUGGAAAAUUAGGUGCAAUCUUAGCACAAUUGGGAGUUUUAUUACUUAAAGACAUAGGAGGACCUAAUAAAUUUUUAGAUCGAUUAUUCGAAAUUUUUGCGUUGAUCUGUUUCAUGGGCUUUUUAUUUACUCUUCUACUUCCAGAAACAAAGCAAAAAUCUCUGGAAGAAAAUUCAAAUGAAAAACAGGAAGGAUUUUUCACUGGAUAUAUUUCUCCUGAAUUAAGACAGCCAACGAUAAUUAAGAUACAAAACCAUUUCAAUGGGGAUGAAUCUUUUAAAUCAGAUAAUUAA